AUGACAAGUUCAAACUAUACAAAUGAUCUCGAUUAUGAUGAAUUUCAAAACAUAAUCGAAAUUAGUAAAGGGGAGAUUAGCAUCGUAUGUAAAGCGGAUUAUGCUAAACAUAAUAUUAGAGUUGCUUUAAAAAGUUUAAAUCCUAAAGAGCUUAUUCAAGAGAUAAAGCAAAUUUGUAAAGUGAAUAAUCAUCCAAAUAUCAAUCAUCUUCUUGGAACGACAAAAGAUACAUUUGGGAAUGAUAUUUUGGUAUUGGAGUAUGCAAAUGAAGGAAAUUUGAGAGAUUAUUUAAAAAAUCAAUUUGCCAAGUUAAAUUGGAGUAAAAAGAUUGACAUGGCGUUAGACGUUACUCAAGGAUUGAUGUGCUUACACUCUAAGAAUAUAGUUCAUAGAAAUCUGCACGCAAAUAACAUAUUAGUUAAUGAUUGUAUAUUAAAGAUCGCAGACCUUGCACAUUCUGCACAAUUAUUUGAGGAUUCAUCAAUGACAAAAACGCAUACGGUAGUUGAAUAUACCGAUCCAAAAUACCUUUUUGAUCCAAUAAAUUAUAAACUUAAUAUGAAAUCUGAUAUUUAUAGCUUAAGUAUUCUCUUAUGGGAAUUAUCAAGUGAAUAUCCUCCUUAUUCAGAGGUUCAAAAACCUUCUAAUCAAUUAAGACAUGAUAUUAUUAACGGUUUGAGAGAGGAAUCUGUUGAAAAUACUCCUAUAAAAUAUCAACAACUUUAUCAAAAAUGUUGGGAUGAAAAUCCUGAUCAAAGAUCAAAUAUUUUUGAGGUUUUCAAAGUUUUAAAUCAACUAAAAAUUGAUAAUAUAGAUGAUGAGAUCACCGUAGAAGAGAAAAGAGAAUUAACAGAUCAAGAAAUAAUUCAAAAAUUAAAGUUAAAUCAUGGAUUGUUCUUGAAUGAUUAUAUCAUAAAACCUAGUGAACAAGCGAUUUAUGAUGAUGAUGGUGAAUUAGAUAUGAGUUUAUAUGAUGAACAACCUUUAGUAUAUACUAGUAUCAAUUCUUUUGAUACGGAUUUCAAAACUUCCUUUCAACCUUACGAUGUAUGCAUUAAUUUUCCAUUUGCUGAAAUCACUUUUGAAGGAAAUUUAUCGGAUAAGUUUUUGAACUAUAAGGAUACGGAUGGAAAAUUAAAUGAAUUUUACGGUCAUUUUUUUUCGGAAAAAGUUUUAGUUGGUGGUCAAUUAUUUAUUAAAGAUCUUAAUAAGGCAACUUCAAUACAAAUUCAUCAUUUAAAGAUGCAUUUAAACUGGGCAUACAAUUCGGCAAAAUACGUAAAAAAUCAAAAUCAAUUAUGCAAUAUUAACAUGCAACUUGAAAUUAAAAUAGAAACUUCAGACGGAAAAGAAAUAACAACUACCAAAGAGUUGCUCAAUUGGAUGAAAAGAAUUUAUCAAGAGAACAUGAUUGAUGUAAUUUCUUAUUUGUAUCCCAUUUCUGUUGUUAAAUUAAAGGAUAUUACACAACUUGUAGAAGAUAACUUUGAAGAUUUUGAUGAAAAAGUGAUCAAAGUUGCUAAUUAUAAAAAUAGAUUGAAUUUUAAUGAAUGGAUAAAAGAUUCGAUGUAUGUCAAACUACCCGAAUGGAUCAAUAAUUUCAAUCUCUUUCAGGGUUUAAUAGUCAAUAAAAAUUUCAAAAUAGAAAAUGCCAAAAAAGUCGUCGUUGAUUUAAUCAAAUAUCCUUAUUUAGAAUCAAAAGAUAAUUUUUGUUUAAAAUUUAAGAAGUCAACGAAUAAAUCAAAUAAAUCAGAGAUUUCCUCAAAUUCACAUAUACUUAAUAGUAUAUUCCAUAGUAAAAUUAAUAUGAAUGAUGAAAAAUUGAAAAAUUAUGAGAAUGAUUCACAUUUUAUAAUUAAUUAUGAGCAAUAUGAAAUUUCUUUACCUCAGGAUCACGUUACACUUUCAGAAAGAUUUAAACAAGAUAUAGAAAAAGCAAUUAAGCAUAUAAACCCAUAUAAAAUUUUACAAGAUGUAUUUAACGAUUAUGGUUAUCUAUUUCCACAAAAAAUUAUAUUAGGAAAAUCUUUUAAAUAUAUUUCAACAGAAUUUUCUACAAAGUUUGAUCAAAUAUAUUCAAAAAUAAUGACGAUUGAAUCUUUAGAAUUGCAUUUAAGAGAUUUUGAAAUUCCAUAUUUAUCAACUCAAAAUGAAGAUAUUGAAAUUAAUAAAUUGUCCAAUUUUAUUCAAGAACAUGAAAAUUUGGAGAUUAUUGAAUAUGAUAAUAUCGUUAAUUUGUACGAUAUGCUUCAACAGGAACAACAAAAACAAAUUGACAUCAUUUUUGAGGAUGAUUACAAGGUUAUAAUGGCUGGAAUAGAUGAUUUGAAAAAUUUAAAUGAUGAAGAUAGUGAACAUUAUAAACGUAUAAAUAUUCACUCAUCGUUGAGAGAUCAAAAUUAUGAAGUUUUUGGUUCAGUAAUAUCGAAUAAUUCGACAUCAAAAAGAAUAAAAGAAUUUUCCGUAAAAUUUAGAUUUUAUGAUUCUAACGGAUUUACCGCGAUUAUAAGAAAUAUAAGUAAUCUAAAAAAUCCAGAAACUCAGCAUUUUAAAAUUACGGAAUGCCGUAUUUUAUGGAUAAUCGUUGGAAAGCCUUUAAAAUUAUCGGUAUUUAGUUCAAAAAAUCGAGAAUUUCAAAUCAUCUGUAUUAAUGAAUCGAUUUUAUUGCAACCAGAUAAAUCUUACUACGAAAUUAAAACUCCUUUUCAACUAUCUCAAGGACACAUGAUUUCUAUUAACACGUAUCAUCCACCGAUAAAUGAUGAGCCUGCAGAUCUAAUUGAAUUCAUUAAAUGGUCACAUAAUUCUAUCAUUUUUCGUUCCAAUUCAAUUUUAGAAGCUUUAAAUGUGAGUGAAAAUAAUGUUGAUAUUGAUCAUGAAGGCGAUAUUUUAUUAGAGAAUUUUUCAAUAGAAUUACAUAUUUGUAUCUUAUCUAAUUUUAAAAAAUUAAAUAUUGAUAAUAUUAACAACGAAGAAAAUGGAUAUCCUUUGGAUUUAAUUGGAAAUAUUUUAACAAAAGAAACCUUUAUUGAAGAUAUUAGUGAGGAUGAUAUUAAUGGAGAUGAUGUUAAUGAUAGUGAUUUCAAUAUUAUCGUUGAUCAAAUAAUGGAUUUUCUUUUAAAUGAGAAAAAUUUUACAUUUGAUGAAAGCAAACGAGUUCAAGUAAUGAUUGAAAAUUAUAUUACCGGUAAAAAUAUGAAUUUAAAGAACAUGCUUGAUUGGUUAUUAAAUAAUCAAAAUAAUUCAAAUAAUAUAUUUUUACUUGGUUAUUUUUAUUGUUUUGUAAUUAAAACAAGUGAUGUUUAUAAAAAAGCAUUUGACUUACUUUACAGUACGACCAACAAUAAAAACGUGAUUCACUAUAAAAAUGCAAAUCUUUUAGCAAAGUAUUAUACUGGCAUUUGUUACUUAAAUGGAAUGGGAAUAGAAAAAAGUAAUGUCAAAGCUUUUAAAUAUUUUGAACAAUUGUUUAAAGAAGCUGAAGAAAAUUAUGUUAAUGGAAUGGUAAUGUUAGGAUACUGUUAUAUUAAUGGUAUAGGAACUGAAAUUAAUAAGAAAAAGGUACUUGAAUUUUAUGAAAAGGCAGCUAAUAAAGGAAACAUUUAUGCACAAAAUCAGCUUGGUUUAUUAUAUAAAAGUGGUAUUGGAAUAGAAAAGGAUUUAAAUAAGGCAAUUUUUUGGAUUAAAAGAUCAGCAAAAGAAAGUAUUGAUGGAAAAGAUAUACUUAAUACAUUAUAUACAUAUAGUAGGAAUGUGGAAAAAGAUGACAAAAAUUCAUUUCUUCAUGUUAAAAAAGAAGUGGAAAAAGGAGAUAAGGAAGCAAUUUACAAUCUAGGUAAAUAUUAUGAGUAUGGAGUAGGUGGUAAAGUGAAUAAAGAUAAAGCAUUUGAACUUUACAAACAAGCAGCUGAUAAUGAAUUUUUAGAAGCAAUAUUUAAAGUUGGAAAUUGUUAUUAUAAUGGAAUAGGAAUUGUUAUUAAUAAAAAUGAAGCAUUUAAAUAUUAUGAAAGAGCUGCAAAUAAAGAACACAAAAUUGCACAAAAUAAUCUUGGAAUAUUAUAUGAAAAUGGUGAUGGUACAGAAAAAAAUUUGAAACAAGCUAUUUAUUGGUAUAAAAAAUCUGCAGAAAAUGGAUACAAAGAUGGGUACUAUAAUUUAGGUUUAUGUUAUGAAUUUAAAAAAGGUAUUAAAAGUAGUGCAUUUGAAUUUUAUAAAAUGGCAGCAGAAUAUGACCAUUUAGAUGCAUUAUUUAAACUUGGAUAUUUUUAUUCAAAAGGAAUAGGAAUUGAAAUUAAUGAUAAAGAAGCAUUUGAAUUUUAUAAGAAAGCUGCUAUAAAAGGACAUAAUAUUGCACAAAAUAAACUUGGAGUGCUAUAUGAAAAUGGUAAAGGAACAGAAAAAAAAUUAAUUAAAGCAUUUUAUUGGUAUAAAAAAUCUGCUAAUAAUCAAUAUAAUAUUGCAUAUUACAAUUUGGGUAGAUGUUAUGAAAAUGGAAUAGGAAUUGAAUUAAAUAAAAGUAAAGCAUUUAAAUUUUAUAAUAAGGCGGCUAAAAAAGAACAUUUAGAUGCCAUAUUUAAAAUUGCAAUUUAUUAUUCAAAUGGAAUAGGAACAGAAAAAAAUAUGGAAAAAGCCUUUUAUUGGUAUCAAAAAGCAGCUGAGAAAGAACAUAUUGAAGCACAAAAUAAUCUUGGUUAUUUAUAUGAAAAAGGUGAAGGAAUAAAAAAAGAUUUUGAAAAAUCUUUUUAUUGGUAUCAAAAAGCAGCUAAAAAAAAUAAUAAAUAUGCACAAUAUAAUCUUGGUCAUUUAUAUGAAAAAGGUAAAGGAGUUAAAAAGGAUUUAGAAAAAGCCUUUUAUUGGUAUCAAAAAGCAGCAGAAAAUGAAUAUAAUAAGGCACAAUAUAAUCUUGGUUAUUUUUAUGAAAAAAGUAAAGGAAUAAAAAAGAAUAUAGAAAAAGCUUUUUAUUGGUAUCAAAAAGCUAUAAAAAAUAAAUAUAUUAUUAAAAUACAAAUGAGUGGAAAUAAAAAAAUUGAUGAUUUAAUUGAAGAAAUGCAUUUAAAAAUUAGUUUUUAUAAUGAUAGUAUAUUUGAAUGGAUAUCAUAUAAUCAAUUUUAUAAUAUUAAAGAAAUAAGUAAAAGUGAUUUUAUUACAGAAUAUUUGGCAAUAUGGAAGGAUGGACCAUUAUAUUAUAAUUAUUUUAAUAGUAAAGAUUAUAUAAGAAAACCAGAUGAAAAGGUAUUUUUAAAAUGUUUUCAUAAUUUACAAAAUAUUACAAAUGAAUUUUUAAAUGAGGUUAAAAUAUCAUCAAUUAAUAAUAAUAGUAUUUCCAAAAUAUUUGGAAUAUCUCAGAAUCCAAAUACAAAAAAUUAUAUUAUAGUUUUUCAAAAUAUGAUUUGUGAUAAAUGUAAUGAAAAUUAUAUAUAUAAAUAUUAUAGUAAAUGGUGUAAGUCAUGUUUUUAA